UCAAGUAACUGCUGCACUCUUAUUUUGGCAGUGAAUAAUUGGAUUUGGAUAUUUUCUCUGGUCAUUUAAAUAAAAUGAAAUUAUUUGAGAUUUUCCUCAUUUGCGUCUCCGUUUAUUUUGCGGCUGCCGAAAAUGACAAAAUUUUACCAGAUGACGCUCUAAUUCAAGAGUGGUUAGCUGAUCAAAGAGAUCAUGUCGGUGCCAAAGCGGAACGCGUAUUUGUCAACAUAACGCAUGGAGAACUGGAAGGGACGACUUACGUGGCCCUUGGUGGGGACACCAUUUACGCGUAUUUAGCGAUCCCGUACGCAAAGCCUCCCGUAGGAAACUUGAGAUUCAAGCCACCUCAACCCUGGACUGACUCAUGGGGCACGUCCACACGUCCAGCGUACCUCCACCCUGACGCCUGUCCACAAUGGUUGACCAACACAACAACUGCGAGUGAAGACUGCCUCUUUCUCAGCGUUUAUACGAAACGGAGGUCGAACGAAACCAAUGACCCCCUUCCAGUCAUGUAUUGGAUUCACGGAGGUGGUUUCUUACUCGGGCAGACGUCUUAUUACACGGCGAGCAAAAUGUUGGAAAAUGACGUGAUUGUCGUCACUGUUCAAUAUCGGAUGGGACCCCUCGGAUUCUUGACCACUUUGGACGACGAAAUCGCUGGGAACAUGGGGAUGAAGGACAUGGUCAUGGGUCUGCAUUGGGUGCAGGAAAAUAUAGCAGCGUUUGGUGGAGAUCCGGGCAGAGUGACGGUUUUCGGGGAGUCUGCCGGCGGUGCUGCAGUAACUUUCCUGCUGGUUUCCCCCUUAGCGCGAGGCCUGUUUCAUGGCGCGGCGGCAAUGAGUGGGUCAGCCAUAGCGGAAUGGUCGAUGGACCGAGAACCUCUCAAAAUGACGGAAAGAUUAGCACUAGAAUUAGGGUGUCCGAUCGACAACAGUGGCGAACUCCUACUGUGUCUCCAAGCUAUGAAUUGGAUGAACAUUUCUAGGGCACAUUUUGAACUAAUGCUUAACACACAAGCCACCGAAUUAAGAGCUAACUUGGCUGGAACCUCUCCCACGAUAGAACACGAUCAUGCAGGCGCUUUCAUUUCCCAAGAACCACUCGAACUCUUGGAGAACGGCCUGGUGGAAAAUGUUCCCGUGAUGAUGGGCGCAAAUCAGCACGAGGGCAGUUUCCUUCUCGGAGUCGCAUACGCCCUACGACUCGGAUGGAAUAAUACCUUGGAUGACCCCGUCUACGUCCAUCAGAAGCUCGUCGGCGACCUUUUGGCGACCUGGGGAGUUUACGAGAAGACGAAUGGUGCCUCCAUGUCGCAAGCUUUACUAGCCGGUUGGGUUCCUCAGGACAAUUUGAGAAAUAAUUUUACAACGAUGCAGUACGAACUGAUUGAUAUGUUCUCUGCACUCUUUAUGAAAGCUCCAAUUUUACGAACGGCAGAAAUUCUAAGUCGGAAAGUUCCCGAGGUUUAUUUCUACUCUUUUGAAUACGCGAGUAGAAGCAGUUUAUGGAAUUUUCUGGCACUAGUUCCAAUUAUCGUGCCGGAGUUGGCACCUUUAAUUCCACCAUUUGAUGGAGGCGUCACUCAUGGAGACGAUUUGCUCUACAUGUUCAGCUUCCCACAAGUCCCAACCCCCGCAGAUCGCGCAAUGACGAAAACAUAUUGCAAAUAUUUUGCAGAUUUUGCAAUCACUGGCAAACCGUCCCCAAACUGGGAAAAAUUUUCGAUGGAAGAUCCAAACUAUAUGCAAAUUAAGUCCAACCCCGUAUUAAAGAAGCAUUACCCAAUGGCUUGGAAGCAAGGGUUGACUUUCCCUGAAUCCGAAUAAUAAAUAAUUUUCGACACAAAUCGCUACAAAUCCAAAAUCCAAUUCAAUCCAGAGAUUCACCCAUUCAAUUCACUUCCGCAUUGUUCUAUUGUCAUCAUGAUUCCGUUGUUCUUGCAUAAUUCCAAAAUACGCCCAAGUAUUGAACAUUUUAUUAAAAAAAGAGAAGAUUGAAAAGAGGAGGACGAGAGAAAUUACUUUAUGAUUUUCAUUUUGAAAUGACAAUUUCAUAAUUACUGCUUUUCCCGUCUCGUCUAAAUAUAUACUUGUUUUGAUUACUUGGCCAUUUAUUAUUUGGUACUUGAUUAAAAUGUAGAAUGAACACAGAA